AUGAGCUCCGAGGCCGAGACAGCCCAGAACGUGGUGGAUGCCGUCAGUGAACAGCCCACAAUCUCCCUCGUGGUAGAGUUCACUGGCGGGCUUGAGAUGCUGUUCGGAGACGAGCGUCGCCAUUCGCUGUCUAUUCCCGCCGUCGACAAGGAUGGCAAGCCAGCCACUGUUGCUUUUCUCAUCGAUCAUCUCUGUCGUGAGACGAUGAAGGAUAGUCGCAAGGAGCUCUUUGUCCUCGACGACCACCUGUAG